AUGCUGACCGAACUCGACGAAACAUGUGGAUGCAUCGGCCUUCAACUGAAUAUGCAAAAGACGAUGUUCAUGCGGAACGGAUGGGUCUCGGAUGCCCCAUUCACGCUCAACGGAACGAACAUAUCCGAAUGCUACGUUUAUCUGGGUCGGGAAAUGAUCCCCGAGCUGGGCAGGAGGAGACGAAUGGCUUGGGGAGCGUAUAAGAGCAUCGAGGAUCUAGUGAAGAAGAACAAGUACAUCCUGCUCCGUGCUCACCUUCUCAACACCACCAUACUUCCUGUUUUGACCUAUGCUUCGGAAACCUGGGGCAUUUCGCAAGCAGGAAGAAAACGCGAUGAGCUACAUUAA